AUGGAGCUAUCACCAUUGUUGGUCACCUCCCUUGCCAUGGUGCUCGCCAUCGUGAUCCUCCGCAGACUAAAACGCACAUCCCGCCACGUUUAUCGCCUCCCGCCGGGUCCGAGACCAUGGCCUGUGAUCGGUAACUUCAACCUGAUCGGCGCGCUGCCGCACCGCUCCAUCCACGAGCUCUCCAAGAAGUACAGCGAGCUCAUGCACCUCCGCUUCGGCUCCUACUCCGUCGUCGUCGCCUCGUCCGCCGAGAUGGCCAAGCUGUUCCUCAAGACCCAUGACCUGCUCUUCCUGGACCGCCCCAGGACGGCCGCCGGCAAGCACACCACCUACAACUACGCCGACAUCACGUGGUCGCCCUACGGCGCGUACUGGCGCCACGCGCGCCGCGUCUGCGCCACCCAGCUGUUCAGCCCCGCCCGCCUCGCGUCGUUCGAGCAUAUCCGCGCCGACGAGGUGCGCUCGCUCGUGCGCGGCCUCUUCGCGGCGUCGGCGUCGGGUCGCGCCGUGCGCCUCAACAAGGACCACCUGUCCACGCUCAGCAUGAACGUGAUCACGCGGAUGGUGCUGGGCAAGCGGCUCUUCGACGGCGGUGAAAGCGUGGCGGAGGGGCCGGUGUCGUCGCUGGCCGACUUCAAGUGGAUGAUGGACGAGCUGCUGCUGGUGAACGGCGUGCUCAACAUCGGCGACUGGAUUCCAUGGCUGGACUGGCUCGACUUGCAAGGCUACGUGCGGCGGAUGAAGAGGAUCGGAAAGAGGUUCAGCGAGUUCAUAGAGUACAUCCUCGACGAGCACGGCGAGCGUCGGCGGCGCGAGGGCGAGAGCUUCGUGGCGCGGGACAUGGUGGACGUGCUGAUGCAGCUCGCAGAUGAUCCCACCUUCGAGGUCCAGAUCGGCCGCGUAGGUGUCAAGGCGUUCACCCAGGACCUCAUAGUUGGUGGCUCUGAAAGCACGUCCGUCACCGUGGAGUGGGCCAUCUCGGAGCUGCUUAGGAAGCCCUCCAUCUUCGCCAUGGCUACCGAGGAGCUCGACCGUGUCAUCGGCCACGGUCGCUGGGUCACUGAGAAGGACAUAGCCCAUCUCCCCUACCUCCAGACCAUUGUAAAGGAAACCAUGCGCUUGCACCCCAUCGUGCCGCUCCUCAUUCCGCGCGUUACCCGUGAGGAUGCUUCCAUUGCCGGCUACGACAUUCCCAAGGGCACACACGUCCUUGUGAACGUGUGGACUAUCGGCAGAGACCCGGCCCUGUGGGACGCGCCGGAGGAGUUCAUGCCGGAGAGGUUCGUCGGGAGCAAGAUCGACGUGAAAGGGCAGGAUUUCGAGCUGCUGCCGUCCGGGUCCGGCCGGCGGAUGUGCCCCGGUUACAACCUUGGGCUGAAGGAGAUACAGCUGAGCUUGGCUAACUUACUCCACGGUUUUGCGUGGAGGCUGCCCGAGGGUGUGGCGAAGGAGGAUCUGAGCAUGGACGAAGUCUUCGGGCUAUCGACCACGCGCAAGCUCCCGCUCGAGGUUGUCGUCCAACCAAGGCUCCCUGCUGAACUCUACGCAUGA